CUGAUGAAAUCAUAAAAGGGCUUGUUAUGACUUUCAUUCUUUCAGGAACAGAUAUAUCUGUGGUGACAUUAGAAUGGGCAACGUUUGAUUUACUGAACCAUCCAGAGGUACUAAAUAAAGCUAGAGAAGAAAUUGAUGCUCAAGAGGUUGGGGUUUUCCUCUGUUGGACAUGAAUUCUAAGCCUGAAGCUCAGCAGGUGAAGAUGAAGACACCAACCUCUGGUCCAUUCAACUAUGGACCUCUCAAUUAUGGACCUCCUACCAAGGUCAUGAGGCUAAGUGAAAGCAACAAUGGAAAGGGGAGAAAAUGGUAAGCGGAGCAAGUCAGCGUCUGAUCGAAACCAUCGUCUCAUAUAACUAUUGAAUAAAACAGAGACUUAUCUUCUCAUAGAGAUGUGAUUUUCCUUUGUUGAAUGAUGGUGUUCUAGGACGGCCAAAAAAGAGUAAUGGUUCUCUAGACUUUAUACAAGUUCAUUAUAAAAUCAUUGAAAUGCU